GCGCUGUGGCAGUCGGCGCGGGUCUGUCGCGUGGGGGACCUGUCGUGUGCCUAUCGGUCCUGUGGUGGCUUCAGGCGCGCGCAGCGAUGCUUACUCCUGCGUUCGAGCUGACCCAGGACUGCGACUUCCUCACCAUCGCCAUCCGCGUGCCCCACGCGCGCGCCUCCGAGUUCGACGUGUACUUCGAGGGGGUGGACUUCAAGUUCUACGCCAAGCCGUACUUUCUGAGAUUAACACUGCCUGGAAGGAUUGUAGAAAAUGGAUCUGAGCAGGGAUCCUAUGAUGCAGAUAAAGGAAUUUUUACCAUUCGAUUGCCCAAGGAAACUCCUGGCCAGCAUUUUGAGGGGCUGAACAUGUUAACUGCUCUUUUGGCACCAAGAAAAUCCAGGUCUGCCAGACCACUUGUGGAGGAAAUAGGUGCUUCCGGAGUGUCUGAGGACGGAGCUGAUGAUGAGGACGAAGAGUUUGACUGGGAAAUCGAGCAGACUCCCUAUGAAGAGGUCUCAGAAAGCACUCUGCAGUCACAGUGUCACUAUGGAUUUGGAAACCUGCGGGCCGGUGUGGUUCAGCGGUUACAGGACGAACUGAGUGAGGUUAUCGAUAUUAAGGAUCCAGAUUUCACUCCUGUGACUGAACGGAGGCAGAGACGCCUGGCUGCUGAGUUGGCCAAGUUUGAUCCAGAUCAUUAUCUAGCCGACUUCUUUGAGGACGAGGCCGUUGAGCAGAUUUUGAAGUACAAUCCUUGGUGGAACGCUGCACAUGCAGAGAUGACGGCCUGGUUGGGAAGGAGCCAAGACCAAGGAGAUGCUGCUGCUUUAGUGUCUUUUUCAGAAGAGGAAAAAUAUCAACUACGAAAAUUUGUGAAUAAGUCUUACCUGCUGGACAAGACAGCUCACCGUCAAGUGUACUACAGUUUAGUUGACAUCCUCCUGGCCUACUGCUAUGACGUGCGUGUCACUGAAGGAGAGCACAGCGUUGAGUCUGCAUGGACCAUCAGAAAGUUGAGCCCAACACUCUGCUGGUUUGAGACAUGGACAGACAUUCAUGAAAUCCUGGUGUCCUUUGGAAGGAGAGUUUUGUGCUAUCCAUUUUAUCGUCAUUUCAAGCUGGUGCUGAAAGCCUACAGAGACACCAUAAAGAUACUGCAACUAGGUAAGAGUGCAGUUUUAAAGUGUCUCCUGGAUGUUCACAAAAUCUUUCAGGAAAAUGACCCAGCAUAUAUUUUGAAUGAUCUCUACAUCUCAGACUACUGUGUAUGGAUUCAGAAGGCCAAGUCCAAAAAGUUGGCUGCCCUAACGGAAGCCUUGAAAGCAGUCUCACUCAGUAAGGCCCAGCUGGGGUUGGAGCUGCCAGAACUGGAAGCAGCAGCGCUUCUAGUGCAGGAGGAGGAAAGCGCAGGAAGAGCAGCCCAGGGCAGUCCCUCUCAGCAAGGUCCUCACUGCAGUCCUGAGCCCAGUGACUCGGACAGCACCUCAUCAUCAUCUGACACAGAAGACUCAGCAUCGUCAGAGCAAGAGGAGCUUGUUGGGACCCAGCCCUCCCUGCUCACUUCUCUACAAGACCCCCUCUUGGAAGAGAACAGCACCCUGAUCAUCAGGGAUAGUGGGCUCUGCGGAAGCACGGCCAGCCAGGGAUGUGAAGUCAGUCAAGAGCAGCCACUGGCCUCUCCUCAGACUCCUCUGAUAGAGGAGGUUGGAGAUGAGCUGAAGACUGUGCUUCGGAUUUCCACACCUUGUGGAGUCAAUGCUGGGAGCCACGGCAGUACACUGGGUGCAGAGGAGGGGGAGGGGUCAGGCGCCCUGGACUGACUCAGGUGCUUGGCUCAUUGUGGGGCACUGGGUCAACUGUGCUCCCGUACAGAAGUGGAAUUUCUGAUUUUGAUUGUGUACUUUUUCUGUGUGAGCAUAGGACAUUGUGUUUCAGUGAGGUAACAUUUAUGCCUUUCAAAUUUUUUAUUUUGCAACUUGAAAAGUAAAGUUCUAAAGUAUUCUUUAUAAGGUGUAAAUAAUUAAAAAUGAAGACCAUAGCUCUACUAGGAAAAUCUCUAGACUGAGGUUCUCAAUAUCCCUAAUGCUGUGACCUUUUAAUACAUGUCCACAUGUUGUGGUGACCACCAACCAUAAAAUUAUUUUGUUGCUACUUCCUAACUGUAAUUUACAACUGUUACGAAUUGUAAUGUAAAUAUCUGAUAUGCAGGCUAUCUGAUAUGUGACCCUGAAGAUGUCAUGACCCACAGGUUGAAAAACGCCAUGCUCUAGACUGUAACAGGACACCAUGGACAGGUAGCACUCAUAUUUGAAGUGUGCACUGUGAGGAAAUACUAACAGGUGAACACACCAAGUGACAUGCUCGCUGCAAUUAGGGUAAUAAAUUCCCCCAUCAUCUCCAGAUGUUCUUGGACCCUUUGGCAUCCCUUUCUCCAGGCCAGAUGCCACACACCCGUGUCCCCUGAUCUGCUGUGUCACAGUCAGGAGCUUACGUUGCUUGCAUUGUACAUAAACUGAAGGCUGCAGCAUGCACUUUUCAGAGAGCUCAUUUCACUGCACACAAUUAUCAUGAGAUUGAAGUGUGUGCUAAUAUGCACCAAGACUUCUGUGUUGUCUUCUCAGAGCAGAGACCAUUUCUUGGAAUAGAUUUGUCCCUUCACCCACUGACGGACAUUUGAGUUGCUGCCACUGUUUUGACUGUUAAUAAAACGGUUGUGAGUGUUUGGAUACAA